AUGGAGCUGGAGCGUGGGACGCGGCGCGUCGAUAGACACGUCUCGGACGUUGACCAACGUGUUGCUUGGGGUCCACUGGGGGUACAGGAGCGGCCACGGACCUCUCCACCAGGGAGCACCGAUGCGUUUCUGCAGCCCAGGAAGAAGGGCCAGGCGAAGCGCGACGUGGUCUCGGGCGGCGACAAGUUCAACAGGCAGCUCGGAAGAGCAGCAGGUGUCGACAAGCGCGCGGGAGGGAUCGGUCCGGUGCCUCAAGGGCCACCUAUCGUGAGGAGGCAUCCAGCUGCGGCGGCGGAUGUCACGCGGAGCAACUCGUGGUUCCGGCGGAAGGAUCCGAACACGGCGCCAGACAACCGCAGAGGACAGGGCAACUACGACAACGAGCUCGCGGAGCACGCCGUCCGUUUCCGCGAGAAGUGGUGUACGCAGUGUCGCGACCUCCACGAGCCCGCCAAGGUCGGGGACCCCACGUGGCGGCCGUACACUGUGCGCGAGCGCAUGACCAACCUCGGCAUCCUCGUCUCCUCGUUCCGCGGGGAGUACGAGUCCGGCCGCCUGCCCGUCGAGCUCAAGGAGGCCUCGGGCAUGAUCCAGCCGCACGGCGGCAAGGCCGCGUCGCUCCCGUGGGAGGAGGUGGGCACGCGUGCGUCGGUGCAGGCGGAGCAGGCGCGGCCGGCCGAGGUGCGGUGGAAGGAAGGUCUGAAGCCCGCGACGAUGCCCGAGGAGCGCUUCCGGUCGCUGCUCCCGCUGCUGGUCGACGGCUGCCGGGAGCAGCACGAGCCCUACCGGCACCUGGCGCUGCGUGCGACGGAGGAGCUGGCGGAGGCCGGGGCGCACCGCGGACUGCUGGCGGGCGUGAUGCCGCAGAUCGUGCACCGGCUGCGCCUCGCGGUCAACACGUUCGAGGUCUCGCACGUGUGCAUGGUGAUGCACCUGAUGAAGAUGUUUCUGAAACUGGCCGAGGUCGAGCCUGCGGUGGCGGCGGAGCUUCUCUCCGCGGUGCGUCAGACCUGUCCGGUGCUGCUCCUGUUCCGCAACAGCGCGAAGAAAGUCAAGGUGCCCCCCGUGGGCUGCCUGCCGCUCGCGGGCACCUUCUCGGGCCGCCCAGCGCCCCCGCCGCUCCCGGGCGACCCCCCGCGGACGUGCGGCGUGUGCGGCAAGCCCGUCGACCGCGUCCCGAUGAUCAAGGUGCGCGGGCGCUUCGACGAGCUGGGGCAGCCGCUGAUGGUCAAGAAGACCAUGGACCGCGUGGCCGAGGGGCGGCGGGGCGUGCGGACGUGGGCGAUGGCGGAGCUGGUGCAGAGCACGUUCGAGGAGGCCAUCGAGGUCAUGGGGGCGCCGGCGCUGAAGGUCAUCAAGUCCUACAUUCCCACGUUUGAGUACAUCCUGUGA